AAUGAUCAGUGGCAAAGUUGUAGAUUGAGAAAAGAUCAAGGGCGAUGAUAUCCAAUAAGUACAGAUUUAGCUGACCACCUCGCAAAUCCAUGUUAAUUUCCAAGCACUUGUUCAUUUCAUUUCAAAGCUUUUUCUAUCAAACAUACAUCUUCUGUUUUUCUUCCCGGGUUUUCAACUUUAACAACCCAAAACCAUUCCCGGUUUCCCGGUGUACCCAUUAAUCCGUCGAUUCGAUUCCACCUCCAACUAGAUCUUAUCAAAUCUGCUUUCACUGUUCGCCACCGAUUCACCCAUCUGUAAGCGCCGCCUUUUUAUAUCUCUAGUCGCCGAUCUAAAAUUUCGAAACUUAAGAUCCUUCUCCGAUCAGCUCACGAUUGAAACGGCGUCGUUGCAGCAAAAAAAUCAUCGCUUUUAACUCCACACACACGAUUCUUAUUUUCUUUCCCUUUGAAUUUUUUGAUUAAUUUUACUCAAAUUCAUUUUUUCUGUUUUCCUUUUAAUAGGACAAAAUUUUUUUCUAUAAAUUCAAUAAUUCUAGCAUCGAUUCUUCUUCUUCUUUUUUUCCCUUUAAUUGGAAAUGACGUCGGGGACGAGGCUACCGACAUGGAAAGAACGAGAGAAUAACAAGCGGAGAGAGCGGCGGAGGAGAGCAAUAGCAGCGAAGAUCUUCGCUGGACUUCGGAUGUACGGUAACUAUAAGCUUCCGAAGCACUGCGAUAACAAUGAAGUUCUCAAAGCUCUUUGUAACGAGGCCGGUUGGACCGUCGAACCCGAUGGAACUACUUAUCGUAAGGGUUGCAAGCCUGUGGAGCGCAUGGAUAUAGUAGGUGGAUCUGCAACAGUGAGCCCCUGUUCAUCUUACCACCCAAGCCCCCGCGCUUCUUACAAUCCAAGCCCCGCAUCAUCAUCUUUUCCAAGCCCAGCUUCUUCUUCGUAUGUGGUUAAUCCCAAUGGUGAUGUGAAUUCUCUUUUCCCAUGGCUCAAAAACCUCUCAUCUGCAUCCUCAUCAGCAUCCUCUUCCAAGCGUCCCUAUAGCUAUAUUCAUGGUGGUUCCAUCAGUGCUCCUGUCACCCCUCCAUUGAGCUCACCGACUGCUCGAACCCCACGAAUGAAAAAUGAUUGGGAGGACCAAUCUGUCCUUCCAGGUUGGAGUGCACAACAACAUUCUUUCCUGCCUUCUUCAACUCCCCCUAGUCCUGGUCGUCAAAUUGUUCCUGACCCAGAGUGGUUUUCUGGACUUCAAACCCCUCAUAGCCGACCAACUUCUCCCACAUUCAGCCUUGUCUCCUCAAACCCCUUUGGCUUCAAGGAGGAAGUUUUAGCCGGUGGGGGUUCCCGCAUGUGGACUCCCGGGCAAAGCGGGACAUGCUCACCGGCAAUAGCUGCAGGUUUAGAUCAGACAGCUGAUGUUCCAAUGUCUGAAGUUAUUUCCGAUGAGUUUGCAUUCGGAAGCAAUGCAACAGGGCUAGUAAAGCCAUGGGAAGGAGAGAGGAUUCAUGAAGAAUGUGGAUCAGAUGAUCUAGAACUCACUCUUGGCAGUUCCAAGACUAGAUAAAAGUCCGUGUGAGAAAAGAAUCACUGCCCUCUUAGUGUGAACUUUGAUCCCAUAUUUAUGCUCUCCGGAAAAAGAAGGGAACAAAAGGGAUCGAGUUUGUACUGAAGGCACCGAGGUAGUUUCAUAGCCUCGUGAUCGGCGGCCCUUCUCUAUUUAGAUCUUAAUUUUCCCAAAAGGAAAGAACCGUUAUACUUGUAUGAUUGUUCUUGGUUUUUAUUUAGGUUUGCCAUUAGAAGAAAUGCCUGAAUGACUGUUUCUCAAUGGCGGAAUCAUUUGUGAGAAUUAGGAUAGGUUAAAGUUUUACCAUUUUCUCGUUGUACAUCGCACACAUUUUAACCUUGUCAUUUUGUCACGCUUUUGAA